AGUCUGUGUAUCAGCCCAGUUCUCCGUUCCUGUCCGAGCCAUGGCGAAGCUGAUGAUGCUCACCCUCUUGGGGCUGGGACUGGCACUCUUCAGGGAUCACCAGGCUUCUUAUCAAACACGACUUAAUGCCUUCCGAGAAGUAACACCAGUCGAACUUCCUAACUGUAAUUUAGUGAAAGGAAUAGAAACUGGCUCUGAAGACUUGGAGAUACUCCCUAAUGGACUGGCUUUCAUUAGCUCUGGAUUAAAAUAUCCUGGAAUGAAGAGCUUUGCACCUGAUAAGCCUGGCAAAAUUCUUCUGAUGGACCUGAAUGAAGAAGAUCCAAAAGUGUUAGAACUGAGGGUCACUGGAAGUAACUUCGAUCAGUCUUCAUUUAACCCUCAUGGGAUUAGCACAUUCACAGACGAGGAUAAUACCAUGUACCUGCUGGUGGUGAACCAUCCAGAUUUUAAGUCCACAGUUGAGUUGUUUAAAUUUGAAGAAGAAGAGAAAUCACUUUUGCAUCUGAAAACCAUUAGACACAAACUUCUGCCUAAUUUGAAUGAUAUUGUUGCUGUGGGACCUGAGCACUUUUAUGCCACAAAUGAUCACUAUUUUGUUGACCCCUACCUGAGAUCCUGGGAGCUCUAUUUGGGUUUAGCGUGGUCUUAUGUUGUUUACUAUAGUCCAAAUGAAGUUCGAGUGAUGGCAGACGGAUUUGAUUUUGCUAAUGGAAUCAACAUCUCACCUGACGGCAAGUAUGUCUAUAUAUCUGAAUUGCUGGCUCAUAAGAUUCAUGUGUAUGAAAAGCACGCUAAUUGGACUUUAACUCCAUUGAAGUCCCUGGACUUUAACACACUCGUGGAUAACAUAUCCGUGGAUCCUGUGACGGGGGACCUUUGGGUUGGAUGCCAUCCCAAUGGCAUGAAGAUCUUGUUCUAUGACUCGGAGAAUCUUCCCGCAUCAGAGGUGAUCCAAAUCCAGGACAUUUUAACAGAAGAACCCAAAGUUACACUGGUUUAUGCAGAAAAUGGUACAGUGUUGCAAGGAAGUACAGUUGCGUCUGUGUACAAAGGGAAGCUACUGGUCGGCACCGUGUUCCACAAAGCUCUUUACUGUGAGCUCUAG